CUUUGGGUUUUCAAUCUUGGCUUGGCAGCGUUUGCACAGACCACAAAAGUAAAAGUGAGCAUUGCUCCCUCAUGGGUGCGCCCUGACUUGGAUUUCAUCUUUCCCAAGCGGUCUUCCAUGCGGUUUCACAAGCAGUUCAGAACUCUAAUUACCCAUUGCUUUGGGACCAAAAAGCUGUGUGAGACAACUUCACGAACUUGGGACCUCCUCGUGGACCUCAUCCACCAUCUCCGCUCGCCGGGCACCGGUCUUCGGCUCCACCAGCGGAGAAGCAGAGCUCUUCCGGGCGAAGUCGCGCAAACUGGACCCCUCCCGGCAUGGCGGAGGUGCCAGCGGAUGAGGUGCCACAGGCCGAGAAGGAGGAGCUGUUCUGCACCUAUGCCGCGAUGAUCCUCAAGGACAGCGAGCUGGACAUUUCAGAAGACAACAUCAACACUCUCAUCAAGGCUGCUGGUGGCUCCACUAGCUCCUUUUUCCCAGCUCUUUUCGCCAAGCUUUGUGCGGGAAAGGAUCUUGACAGCAUGCUGAAGUUCGGCGGUGGCGGCGGUGGCGGCGUGGCCGUGGCAGGAGGCGGCGGCGGUGGAGGCGGCGGAGGCGGUGCUCCUGCCGAGAAGAAGGAAGAGAAAAAGGUGGUCGAGGAAGAGGAGGAGGAAGAGAUGGAAUUCGACCUCUUCGGAUGAUCGACCUGAACGAAGAAGUUUGAUGCGCUGGCCUGGCAACAACAAGAAAGCUCUGGAGAAUGGAA